AGAUGGGAGUAGGUCCCGAUGCUAUUCAGGUGGAGGAACAUGUUGGGAAAUCAAGAGGUAGGAAGAAGAAAGAUGGGGCGGAAGAGGCAGAAACCGGAUGUUGGAUUAAGUUCAGAUUCAUGGGGAGUUGCAUCUCCUCAAGAUCCAAAGUCGAUAGCUCUAUAAGCGGCACCAGUACUCAUUAUGCGGAGAGUAAGUCCACAAAUGAUAGGAGCAAAGACCAACCAACUGCUCCCGUAGUCUCAUCUACAACAACAAGUAAUGCAGAAAGUAAUCCGCCAACUCCAAAAGUAAGUGAGGAGCUGAAAGUUGCCUCGCAGCUAAGGAAAUUCACAUUUAAUGAACUUAAGUCUGCAACAAGGAAUUUUAGGCCAGAGAGUCUUCUUGGUGAGGGUGGCUUUGGUUGUGUAUUCAAGGGAUGGAUUGAGGAGAAUGGAACUGCCCCAGUGAAACCGGGCACAGGGCUUACAGUUGCAGUUAAAACACUUAACCAUGAUGGACUUCAGGGGCAUAAAGAGUGGCUGGCGGAAGUUAAUUUUCUUGGUGAUCUUCUGCAUCCUAAUUUGGUUAAAUUGAUUGGGUAUUGCAUUGAAGAUGAUCAAAGGUUGCUAGUAUAUGAGUUUAUGCCUAGAGGAAGCUUGGAGAACCACCUCUUCAGAAAAGGGUCCCUGCCUCUCCCGUGGUCCAUCCGAAUGAAAAUUGCACUUGGUGCUGCGAAGGGCCUUGCUUUUCUUCACGAGGAAGCGGAAAGACCAGUGAUCUAUCGUGAUUUCAAAACAUCUAACAUCCUGUUAGAUGCGGAAUACAAUGCUAAACUCUCUGAUUUCGGGCUCGCUAAAGAUGGUCCUGAGGGUGAUAAGACUCAUGUAUCCACUCGAGUAAUGGGAACAUAUGGCUAUGCAGCUCCAGAAUAUGUCAUGACAGGUCAUCUAACAUCAAAGAGCGACGUUUACAGCUUUGGAGUGGUCCUACUUGAAAUGCUAACUGGACGAAGAUCCAUGGACAAGAAUCGACCAAAUGGGGAGCACAACCUAGUGGAAUGGGCCAGGCCUCAUCUUGGAGAAAGGAGGCGGUUUUAUCGACUCAUAGAUCCCCGCCUCGAGGGUCACUUCUCAAUCAAAGGUGCUCAGAAGGCUGCCCAGCUGGCCCACCACUGUCUCAGCAGGGAUCCAAAAGCUCGGCCUCUGAUGAGUGAAGUCGUCGAAGCUCUAAAGCCACUCCUGAACCUGAAAGACAUGGCCAGCUCAUCGUACUAUUUCCAGACCAUGCAAGCAGAGCGGGCUGCAGCCAACCCCAACAACCCUAAUGCCAGAAAUGGUAUGAAGUCGCAGGCAUCCAUGACAAGAAAUGGACAGCCAAUGAGGAGCCUCUCUUAUGGAGCACAUGCUUCUCCUUACCACCAAUCACCAAAGCCCAACGGUAAACAACCGUAGACAUGGGUGUUCCCAUUCCACAGUUUCUGAUUCUCCUUUUUCUUUUUCUUUUUUCCUUUAAUGUAUUUUGUUCGUAUGGGGAAUACGGGUUCUCUUCAAAGAGUGGAUGGGUGGUGGGGAGUAGGGUGGACUUGUGGGGACGUGGUGUCUUUUGAAAGUGAUGAGAGAAGUCUGAUGAUGAGCUAAAAUGGAGAUACUAGAGAGAGAGAGAGAGAGAGAGAGAGAGAGAGAGGUGGCAUGGUAAGUUGCUUAUAAAAUUUAUUUGGAAAAUGUAACUGAAGGAGGAUGAUAUACAGGGACGCAACUUAAAAUGACUGAUGAAUGUUUUUACCCUUUC